AUGGACGCCCGGCUCCUCACCGCUGGAUGCGUUGACGACCUCGUCCUGCUCGAGGAGGUGGGCGAGGCGGCUGUCGUCGCCAACCUUGAAGCUCUAUUCAAGAAGGGCCGCAUAUACACCGGGCUUGGCCCUGUGGUGAUCUCGGUCAACCCCUUCAAGCCCAUCGACGGCCUGUACAGCGUCGGCCUGCGAAACAAGUACCAGACGCGACACGAGCUUCCGCCUCACGUCUUUGCCGUGGCCGACACCGCUCUCAAGGCGAGCCACGCCGGCGGCGCGUGCUCUCGGCAGUGCAUCCUGGUGAGCGGCGAGAGCGGCGCGGGCAAGACGGAGGCGGCCAAGCGCCUGCUCGAGUACAUUGCUGCGACAUCCUCUUCCAGCGGCGGCGGCGCCACUGCCUCGCGCAGUCCCAUCCACGAGAAGCUGCUCGGCUCGAACCCGCUCCUCGAGGCGUUUGGGAACGCAAAGACGGUGCGCAACGACAACUCGUCGCGCUUCGGCAAGUACAUGACGGUCGAGCUCUCGCCCUCCGGGGGCAUUGUCGGCGGCCGCGUGACAAACUACCUGCUCGAGAAGCCGCGCGUGCUGACCCCAGCCAGCGGCGACUCGCGCUCCUUCCGUCGCGAGCGCUCCUUCCACGUCUUCUACUACCUUCUCGCGGGCGCGUCCGAUGCCGAGCGGAAAGCCCUCCGCCUCGCUCCAGCCGGUGGGUACGCAAUGCUGCAGCGGUCCGGAUGCGCCACCGUGCGUGGCCUUGACGAUGCGCGCGAGUACGGCGCGAUGCGCUCGGCGAUGGCGGCGGCGAUGGCGGCGGUCGGGCUCGCGGAGGAGACGCAGUCGGCGAUCCUGCGCCUCGUCUCGGCAGUGCUAUGGCUGGGCAACGUCGCUUUCGCCGCGUCUGGCAGCGGCGAGGCGCGGGAGCGCUCGCCGGCGAGCACCUCCUACCUCUCCUCGCCCGGCUGCUCCCUUGCCCCGUCGCCCGCCGCGCCCUCGCCCGGCCUCAAGAGCUUGGCGGCCUUUGUCCGCCAGCUCAAGGCGUGGGACGAGGCGUGCGCCGACGGCCGCUCGUCGUGCUGGUUCGAGACGGAGGGCGACCUCCCGCGGCUGGCCGGGGAGGCGCUGCUGGCCGAGGCGGCCGCGACGGGCGCGAGGCGGAUCGCCUUUGACGCCGUCGCGGCGCGUCUCGAGGCGACCGCGGCGCCGCCGCCGCCUCUCGGCACCGCCUUGGCCGCGUGGCCCACGGGAUGGGGCAUCGAGGAGGGCAACUUCUGCGGGCUGGCGCACUGGGCUGUGGAGGUGUGGCACGCGGCCGGGUCGGUCGACGCGAGCCGGUGGCAGGUCGAGGCUGACGGAGGGCGCCUCUUCUUUGUGCGGGUCGCGGAAAAGGCCGCAUAA